AUUUAAUUUAAGGUGUGCGCAUGCAAUGCAGUAGUGUUCGUGGUGGCACACGUGCAGCAUGUCAAACACGAAAUUGAAAUGGACUUUCAAUUUAGUACUUCAAUCACUUUUUAUCACAAAUACGAUUAGUUCAACCGGAGAUAGGUCUCAAUUUUAUAGUUUAUGUCUUGAAAAAUGUCGUGACAUUAACUGUAAACCCAAUGAUGAUUUCAAAGUGCAACCUCCUUUAGCUCUAAGAUUGUUAUUUUGGACUUGUGAAGAAGAUUGUAGUUAUGAUUGCACUUGGGAGACAGUUAAUUAUUUUACUUCACAUGGCUUAAAAGUUCCUCAGUUUCAUGGGAAAUGGCCAUUUAUUCGUUUUCUGGGGUGCCAGGAACCUGCAUCUGUAAUAUUUUCUGUAUUAAAUUUAUAUGCUCAUGUCUCCAUGUAUUGGAAAUUUAAAAAAAAGUCAAGAGCUAGUGAUCCAAUGUUUUAUGUUUGGACUUAUUUUAGUAUGAUAUGUAUCCAUGGCUGGUUUUGGUCUUCUGUAUUUCAUGCAAGGGACAUACCAUUUACAGAAGUAAUGGAUUAUUCGAGUGCAUUUAUUAUGGUUCUCACAUUAUUAUAUUGUAUGAUAUUAAGGAUAACAUAUAAAAAUAAUAAAAUGUUCGCAGUAACCACAUGUGGGUACCUUAGUACUUUAUAUACUCAUUUAUUACAUUUAUGGUCCGGUAAUAUUAAUUAUGACUAUAAUAUGAAAUUCAAUGUUGUCAUAGGAAUUUUAACAUUUAUUUCAACAAUAAUUUGGUGGUAUCGGAAUCAUAGGAAGCUGCCAUAUAUUAAUUUAAUUGGUUGGUUUAAUAUACUAACUGUUUUAGUUACCAUAUUAGAAGUGGCAGAUUUUGCACCAAUUUUUUGGGUGUUCGAUGCUCAUUCCUUAUGGCAUGCUAGCACUGCCCCUCUUACCAUUUUAAUGUACAGAUUUAUGAUAGCCGAUUGUUCUUUCCUUAGAACAUAUUACAGUAAACUGACGUUAGAUAUUGACCAUCAUAUACGUUGAAUUAGUUGCAGUAUUUAUAUAGUUCAAUAAUUAAAAAAUUAAAUCUUACAUGUACAUAAAUUACAAGAAAAUCUAAUAUAAUUAUUAAAAUAUAUAUCUGAUAAUCUACAA